AUAAACCCCAGGCUCUUGACUGGGGUCACAGUCAACGGCCUCAGAGUUCCUGGCUAUUCCAGACCACUGCAGACACCUUUCCUGGCUACCCCACUCUGAGCUUCAGACACCAUGAGCCUUCCCUCUACAAAGGUCCCCUGGGCCGCCGUGACGCUGCUGCUGCUGCUGGUGCUGCCGCCCGCGCUGCUGUCGCCCGGGGCCGCCGCGCAGCCCCUGCCGGACUGCUGCCGCCAGAAGACGUGCUCCUGCCGCCUCUACGAGCUGCUGCACGGCGCAGGCAACCACGCGGCCGGCAUCCUCACCCUGGGCAAGCGGCGGCCCGGGCCCCCCGGCCUUCAGGGCCGGCUGCAGCGCCUCCUGCAGGCCAGCGGCAACCAUGCGGCCGGCAUCCUGACCAUGGGCCGCCGCGCAGGCGCAGAGCCAGCGCCGCGGCCCUGCCUCGGGCGCCGGUGUCCCGCGGCCGCUGCCGCCCCCUCUGCAGCGCCUGGAGGGCGGUCCGGAGUCUGAGCCUUUGAUCUUGCCCUGUUCUGGCCCUGCCCUCUCCUCGUUGUCCGCCCGGUGUCAGCCCUCAGAAAAAGGGCAAUAAAGACGAGUCUCUUAAUGUGGCCGGUCUCUGUUCUGUGU